AUGACGCAAUUUCCACAAAGCAUAUCUCGAAAGCCUACUUCACUAGCCAAGGUGUUGAGCGAGAGACCGAUCCCAGCGCCAAGCGAUGUACAGCUAGAGUGCCUAAACAGGCUCCGUAUCAACCAAACUAGACGAAUUCGCGCUCUGCGAAAGAGAAUAAGUCAAUACGCGCACAACCGGCGGGUGACAUCUACCCACCUCCUGGAGCGCCGCAUGGUCCUUCUGCUGAAUCAAAUCCACCGCCUACAGGCGGAGGAUCGCUAUCGCCGUCACGAGGAGAGUCAGAUAUGGCGCGAGGUCCGCUGA